ACUUAGCAACAUUAUUGAGUUGCACCAGUUUCCCACACACAUUCAUUUCUUUCUGGGGUGUUCAAAAUCUAAAACCAUGGACUCUCUUAUCCAACAAGCCUUACAACAACCCGCUCCUAUUGCGCUCCUUUCCAUGAUCCCUGUUCUAUUUCUCCUCGGCGUAUUUUUCAGGUCCCGACGGCGCUUACCUUAUCCGCCGGGACCUAAGGGUCUGCCCAUCAUCGGUAACAUGCUGAUGAUGGACCAGAUAACCCACCGUGGCCUGGCCAAACUAGCCAAACAGUACGGCGGCAUCUUCCACCUCCGCAUGGGGUUCUUGCACAUGGUGGCUGUCUCGACCGCUGACGUCGCUCGGCAGGUUCUUCAAGUACAAGACAACAUUUUCUCGAACCGACCGGCGACCAUCGCCAUCAGCUACCUAACCUACGACCGGGCCGACAUGGCCUUCGCUCACUAUGGACCCUUUUGGCGUCAGAUGCGUAAGCUGUGCGUGAUGAAACUCUUCAGCCGCAAAAGAGCCGAGUCGUGGGAGUCCGUGAGGGACGAGGUCGACUCGGCCGUGAGGACCGUGGCGGCCAACACCGGCUCGGCCGUCAACAUCGGGGAGCUGGUGUUUUCGCUCACCAAGAAUAUUAUUUACAGGGCUGCGUUUGGGACCAGCUCGAAUGAAGGGCAGGACGAGUUCAUUGGCAUACUGCAGGAAUUUUCCAAGUUGUUUGGGGCAUUCAAUAUUGCGGAUUUCAUUCCCUGUCUCGGGUGGGUAGACCCGCAAGGGCUUAACAACAGGCUGGCUAAGGCUCGUGGGUCGCUGGACAAGUUCAUCGACACCAUCAUAGACGACCACUUGCAGAAGAAGAAAAAGACGGGGAGUUUGGAUGAAGGUGAAACUGACAUGGUGGAUGACUUGUUAGCGUUUUACAGUGAAGAGGCAAAAGUGAAUGAGUCGGAGGAUAAUUUACAAAACGCCAUCAAACUUACCAGAGAUAACAUCAAAGCCAUCAUCAUGGACGUGAUGUUUGGCGGGACAGAGACGGUGGCGUCGGCGAUAGAGUGGGCCAUGUCGGAGCUAAUGAGAAGUCCAGAAGACCUAAAGAAGGUCCAACAGGAGCUCGCUGAUGUUGUGGGCCUAGAGCGCAGGAUCGAAGAGAGCGACUUCGAGAAGCUGACUUACCUAAAAUGCGCACUCAAAGAGACACUCCGGCUGCACCCGCCGAUCCCUCUCCUCCUUCACGAGACGUCGGAGGACGCGGAGGUCGCCGGCUACAGCAUCCCUAAGAAGUCACGCGUGAUGAUCAACGCGUGGGCGAUUGGGCGUGACAAGGACUCAUGGGAAGACGCCGAGAGUUUCAAGCCCUCGAGGUUUCUCAAGGAAGGAGUUCCGGACUUCAAGGGGAGUAACUUCGAGUUCAUUCCGUUCGGGUCGGGUCGGAGGUCGUGCCCAGGGAUGCAGCUGGGGCUGUACGCGCUGGAGCUGGCGGUGGGCCACUUGCUUCAUUGUUUCAGUUGGGAGUUGCCUGAUGGGAUGAAACCUAGUGAGCUUGAAAUGAACGACGUGUUUGGACUCACGGCGCCGAGAGCAAGUCGACUCGUCGCCGUACCGACAAAAAGGGUCGUGUGUCCACUCUGAGGAAGAGUCUGAGUAAUGAGUUCAAUGUCAAGUAUACAUACCACCAAGACGUCGGAAAAGGUAAAUUGAAUGGUAAUUUGGGAAGAACCCAGAAAAAGAAAUAAUGUAAUAGGGACAACAGGAAAAAGAGGGGAUUUGAAUUCUCUUCCAUUGUGUAUAGACACUCGUUUUCAUUUGUUUCUUGUGGAAAAUUGUCUUGGAUUUUCAUCUAUUUUUGUUCUUUUUUCCUUACUUUUGCUAUUGUAUUCAACAAAAUGUCAAAUAAAGAGAUAUUGAUUUGUCAUAGUGG